GUCAUUCGUGAGUAAGCCGGAGCAUUUUGAUUUUCAAAGACGGCUCUUUUUCCCUCUGUCCUCGCUCCUUUAACCGAGUCGGUCCAUCUUCUUCUCUCUAAGCUUUUCAAAUUUUCUCAAUUCCAACCGUUACUACAGAUCAAAGAUCUCUGUGUUUCUCAGUUUUUUUUUUUUUUUUGGUAUAUUAUACUGAAGUAUGGAUCAGAGUAAAUAUGACGAAGGCAAACAAAAUGUCUUAGAUCCGAAGAAUGAAAAGGUUCUUCCUGUUGUUAAGGGAUUAAAUGUUCUCUAUUUUUCCCCCCAAAAACCUGGAAUAGUUGGAAACCAGAGUUUGGAAACUAAAUUUGCAUCUCAAACUCCAGAAAAAACAAGUGAGCCUUCAAAUAUCAAAUCUGAAGAGGGAGAAUCUGAACUUCUACAAAGACACAAAACGAUUGUAGAACUCUUUGAUGGUAUGAGUUGUUCAUUGAGGUUGCUUGGUAUGCGUAAAAGACCACCCACUUUUCAUAACAUUUGUCGUCAGGUGGAAGUAUUGACUAGAAGGAAGUUCUCUUACAGGCAUCUUGCACAGCUAAAAUAUCUAUUUCAUGAAGCCAUACAGAUCGAUAAAAUUCUCGUACAUGACAAGAAAACACUAUGUAUGAAGCCAGAUAUGAAAAUUAUGUUGCUAUUUGAUGUAGUAGAAGGUCACAGUGAACAAUCUGAUUUUAUUGCUCUGCACCAGCUAUUUACUUCUAGACUUAUUAAUUAUUUUACUGCACAUCCUGAGGCUUGUGACAUUCCAGAGGCCAUGUUACCAGACCCAUUUAACCAACGCAAAGAGGCUGCUUUUGUCGACAAGGUUGGUGACAUCCCAGAUGUUAUAUCUCCUGAGCUCUUGAGCCAACUGAGUCAGACCAUUGCUCCAGGGCAAUCACUUGCAAAUGCUUCAAUAGAAGAUCUACCAACUACUGAUAAUAGUGAAUUUCUGUCAAAAUCAUCACACAUGCCUCCAUCAUUCUGUAGACACUUCUCAGAGAAGGUUGUUGCUGUAGACAAGACCCAACUUUUAGCUUCUCCAUCUCCUUUAUCAUCUGCAGUAUCUUGUAAUGUGGAGAAUGAAGAUUCUGAAACUGCGAAAACUAGAGAAUUUCCUGAUGUCAGUUCCAAAUCUAAUUGUGGACCUGCAUGUGAGCAAGUAAAAGAAUCUCCUGACACAAUUUCCAAAUUUACCUCCGGAGAUCCUCUGUCUAUUCAAUCUAUCCAUUCUGAAUUAUCUGUCAAUACCAAUAUUUGUGCAAGCCCCCUUGGCAAGCUUGUAUCAUCUGCCAACAAUUUGAUGGUAGAAACACCUGCACAGUCAAUUCCAAAGAGGGGAAUAGCAAGUACCGAUGAUAAACAUAAAAGCAUACCCAGCCAAAAGCAGCCAUCAUCUUCUAAGGCUGCAAAGAGGUCUUUAAACUUUUCAUUCUUGGAAAGUGAUAAGUCAGACUGCUGUGAAUGUUUAUCAGACAACAUGUCUCAGGAUGUAGAUCAUUCUUCUGCACUACUUCCUGAGGUAGAGGAAGGACUGGGCUGUGAUACUGAGGAACGCAGAAUGUCUCGAUCAGAUUUAAUACACCAGCAGAUAUCUAAUUACUUGCCUGGCCUGGUUUCUCUGAUUCACCACAUAUUUUGUUCUAUCAACUACUCGGCAAUAACUAAGGAGGAACUUGUACACAAGAUAAUUAUAAAUAGUUUUGAUUUUGAUGAAAGAAGGCAGGUUGAAGAGCAGAUUGAGAUUCUUGAAAAGCAGGUUCCUGAUUGGAUUUGCAGGAAGCCUGUGCCUAGUGGGGAUGCUUUGUACAGCAUCAAGAAAAUGGUGGAUUUGAAAUCUGUACAGUCUAGGGUUGCCAGCAUAUGACAACACAUAGCUACUCAGCCUAGCACAUCCUAUUCUGGUUUUGUUGGAUGGACCAGAUACAAUGACCUCGAUUACUGCUUGCUUCAAUUGCUCAAGCGCUGCAUGUUUUUGCCGUAGUUCCUACAUGCUGUUGAUUUUCAAUUGCACUUUCUGGGUUAUGAGCAGAUAUCUGAUCACUGGAUAUAAAUCAGAGCUAGCAGAAACUUAAUGUGAUCUCAAUGCAAAAGAACUGACUUUUCUACAAAAUGAGAAAGAGAGAACUGGUUUCUUUCAACAUCCCAAAUGAUCGUCAGUUCCAAAAUUCAAUGGUUCAAAUGACAGGUAAAUUAACAAAGCUAGUUUGUUAUAAUCUAUCUCCUGACAUCAUCCUAUUAUUCAACGUUUAUUAAUCUACAUAUAUUAUGAACUAAAUAUCUUCCCUUGUUUCUUGUGAUGAGCUGAACUUUGCCUUAUUCAUGAUUUUAUGUUCCUUCUUUGUAUGUGAAAUUUUCUCAGAAAUUAACCUUUUUAGUUUUGCAACUCCA